AUGGACCUUUUCAACCUGCCGCUACGCUCUCGCGGCGGGUAUGUUCCUCCUCCUAGCUCACACAGGAGACACGUCAACAUAGGCAUGGAGAUCCCAUUUCAUGACCCGCUACGGCGGCGAAGAGGGAUGCUAGAGUUUCCUGAACCAUUUGUCGGAGGGUCACUCCCUCGACGCGAUCGCCAUCGAGUCAUGGGCCCAAGGACUGACCCAUCACCAGAGAUGGGUGACCCGUGCCUUGGUCUCGCCGCAGAACGCAGAAAACCUUCACUCGCCACUCCGGCCUAUGACGAAUACUCGUUCUAUUUUCCAGAUCAAGGUCCCGACUGUCAUACAUCUAGGCCGAAAUAUCAGGGCCAUGCUCCCUCUCUCCAAACACGUCUCCCUAUUCCCCCUCAGCGUCAUACAUACCGACAUGCCCACUUUGGACGAGGUUGUUCACCGCAUCACCACUGUGGUUGCGGGGGCGGCAGCAACUACAGUAGCGAAGACAAAUUCAGCUUCAAAACGAAGGAUAUCUGCGUACGGGGCAAAGCGUACAAGGUUCGGUCAUCCUACCUUGCAGAAGCCCCGAAAUUCGAAACAGACCUCAUCAAGUAUCUGGACAAGAAAAUAGAAGAGGUUGUGCCACAGCGGGUAGUGAGGAUGCUGGUCGACUUCAUCAACUACGAUGAUUACAACCACGAAGGUGGUCUGCUGGACGAAGCGAAGCUCAACAUUCUGGCGACAAAUGUGGGCGCUAAAAGCGUUAUUGACUUUAGCCUGGACUUUCUGAAACAAAAUAUCGAUUGUGAUGUUCAAGCAGAAGAUUUGUGCGAUAUCGUUACUACGGUCAUGAUGAGCGACGGUGUUGGUGAUGGCUUGAAAGAGUGGCUGAAAAAGUACUUAACCCCCGGUCAGCGCCUGGAGAGACUCUUUUACCAUGAAUCCUACGCAGAAUUGAUGUUAGAUCACCCGGAGGUGGAGACCAAGCUGGAGAUCUUGCUUGGAGUUAGGAGGAAGGAGGAUGAUGGGAAGUAUAAGGCUAUGUAG